AUUUGGUGUUGGUCUUGCCAUAACGGUGCUGCUCUUCUCAAAAUGUCUGCAUUUCCCAAAGAACAGGAUGACAGCACUUCACAAAUGCAAAAAGCCUUCUUGGAUGGAAUCUAUAAGACAAUUAGCAAACCUCCCUAUGAACUCCUGAAGACAGAUGACUUGUCAAGCAGCCUUCCGUCUCUGCAAGAUAUCCAGACUGCAUACACAAGAUUUAAACAGCUGUUUUUGAUAGAUAACAGUACAGACUUCUGGGCAACUGAUGUGAAAUGGUUUUCAUUACUGGAGAGCACAAACUGGCUAGAGAUAAUCAGGCGAGUCUUGAAGAAAGCAAUAGAAGUUGCUGAGUGUUUGGAAAGACAGCAUACAAACGUUCUCCUUAUAGAAGAGAGUGCUACUGAUCUGUGCUGUGUAAUCUCUAGUCUGGUUCAAGUGAUGAUGGAUUCAUACAGCAGAACAAAGUCAGGGUUUCAGAGCCUUAUUCAGAAGGAGUGGGUAAUUGGAGGACAUGGCUUUUUGGAUCGUUGUAACCACUUACAUAAAAGUGACAAAGAAGAGGCUCCUGUUUUUCUGCUCCUGCUAAAUUGUGUUUGGCAGUUGGUACAACAGUAUCCUCCAGCAUUUGAGUUCACAGAAACUUACUUAACUGUCUUGUCAGACAGCCUCUAUGUGCCUAUUUUUAGCACUUUCUUCUUCAACUCACAACAUCAAAAAGACACUAAUAUGAGUGGUGAAAGCCUCAAGACACAAAGCGGUCCUUUCAGAUUUCUUACUGUGUGGGACUGGUCUGUGCAGUUUGACCCCAAGGCCCAGGCUUUCCUGAACAACCCUCUUUAUGCAGAGAAACCAAAACCAGACAAAAGUCAACGGAAAACUGCACGAUUCAAACAUCAACGGCAAUUUUCUUUGCCAUUGACACAAACAAAACCUUCCACAAAGAGAGGAUUUUUCAGGGAGGAAACAGAUCAUUUAAUUAAAAACAUUCUGGGUAAAACAAUUGGCAAGUUCAUAAAUUCUUCAGAUGAACCUCCUAAUAGCUUCAGGGAAUUUUAUGAUAGCUGGCAUAGUAAACCUGUUGACUAUCAUGGUCUUUUGUUACCUCGCAUUGAUGGCCCUGAAAUCAAAGUCUGGGCACAAAGGUAUUUACGAUGGAUUCCUGAAGCCCAGCUUCAUGGUGGUGGUACAAUAGCUACAGCUGCCAAGAUUUUGGACUUGAUGGAGGAAGUGCAAAGCUUGCAGGUGAAAAUGGAUGAAGAACAUAGUCAAGCUAUUUCCAGAGAUGUACAUUCUGUUCCAAUGCUGAGAAAUUCUGCCCGUUUGUCAUCCUUGUUUCCAUUUGCUUUACUUCAGAGACAGUCUAUCAAACCAGCUUUACCCACUAGCACCUGGAAAGACUUGGAAGAUGAGGAUGAUUUGGUCAAGAGGGAUGACGAAUUUGUUGAUCUAAGUGGUGAUAUGUCAUAAAGUGUAUAUAAAUUGAAGUAUGAAUUGUGGCUAAGCUCCCAGUUUUAAAUGUUGUGCUGUAUCCUCAUACAAGGAACUCACUCAAGCAUCUGCAGCCUGUUUAGUGGGUUUGGGGUUAAA